AUGAAUUCCUUCUUUUACUCGGUCAAAUCCAGCGCGAAAAGAGUGUACCCCGUGCCCGACGGGCUCGACGAAAAAGACGUCGUCGCCAUCCUGCACGACCACUCGCUGCUCUCGCAAAUCUUCUGGCCACACUCUAUGGCUGCCGUUCGCGCAGAACAGCCUGGUAAUAGUAGUAGUAGCCGCCCUGGAGAAUCAAAGUUUCAAGUCGUGGAGCAGAACGGUGGCCUCAGCUUCAAGGCGGCUAUCUGCAGCCAGCCCGGUGGAGCAGUGUCUUGCACCGAGGAAUUACCCGUCGGAUCUCACAUCACCGUUUCGUAUGCGCUGGUACGCGGGGAUGAGCUGGGGGACUAUGAGAAACAAGAAGAAGAAGAAGAAGAAGAAGAAGAAGAAGAAGAAGAAGAAGAAGAAGAAGAAGAAGAAGAAUGGGCCAGUGAUACGGCUUCAACUUUGCUGGAGACGAAAGACGCCAGAAAUGACGAUAGGCUGUGGCUUGCGGAACAGAGAUCAAUGACUACAUUCAAGGUCUUCUCGCCGUUUGUCAAGCUCAAGGAGGGCGGCUUCGUGCUCAAAACGAGAAACUUGCUGCGUGUGCUGCAGAGCUUGGGUGUGCAUGGUAGGGAUAUGGCUGGGGCGUUGGCUGAGUUGAAUGGCGCGAGGCUGGGUGCAGAUGGAGAUGCUGGUUUGGGAAAGGCGAAGAAUGAAUGA